AUGCAGAGCAAGGUGAUGGUCCACUUUUAUCGUGUCCUCUCUGCAUUCUUAUAUACUUUUGAAGAUUCUAGGCCAUCUGUGAUGCAUGAAUGUGUUCUGUUACUUAAUUCUGGUGUAACUUUGGAGUGCUUGUGGAUCUCUCUUGUUCAGCUGAUAUUUCUAAGGAGAAAAAGGAACUUGAUAAAGCAUGGCCAUCUUCUUCUGCAGUAUUCUGUUAAGUGGUACCUUACCACUGGACGCCAUCCCCUACCUAUGGUUGCAGCUCUCUUGGCAUUUGUUGCAAAUGUUUAUAAGGUUGAAGUGGGAUUAGCUCAGAUAUCUGAGGUGCUGUGUGCAAGGGUUAGCACUUGUAUUCAGCGCUAUAAAGAACUACAGGAGUGUUUAGUGGAAGUUGCUGGUGCACUGCCUUGGGGAAGGGAUAUUACAUCUGAGAAUUUGGUGCUAAAUGCACCUGUGCUUCUUCAGUAUAUGGAGAUGAAGUCAAAAUCAAAACCUUUGGAAGGAAAAGAUACAUCCCAUCUGCAUGCUGACUUAUCGACUCUUGGAUCACAUACAGCUGAUGUUGAGUCAGUUUGUUCAAAAGCGCUAGAAAUGCUACAAGAGCGUACAAAGGCAAGACAUGAUUAUGUUCUUGAUAGGCAUCCUACAGGAGAACUUCAGUUUUCUAAUGUUGCAAGCACUAGUAAUCAUGAGAAUAAUGAAUUGCAAAUUUUUGGCAAUGAUGAUAUCAUGAAAUUCAAGCUAUCAGAAGAAUGCCUGUGUAGGACUUAUUUUGAAUGUAGAUUUGAUAGGUAUGCUAAUACGUCCUAGGGUUUGAUAGAAAGGUUUCCAAUAAAUGCAAUUCUGGAGAGCGAUGUUGGAUCAAACAUAUUACCUCCAUCUUUUCUGGCAAAUACGUAUGCAUCUAUGAGGAGACGAGAGAAAAUAAAUGCAGCCAAGUUGCGGAUCUGUGAGAUUAUAAAACCCAUGAGUUCUUUUACUUGUAAAAGCGAAAAUGGUGUGACUAUUGAUUUGGACGAUGAUGACAGUAACCACCCAUCACAAUGUGUGCACUUCAAGAAAAAACGCAAACGUGGAAUCGAAGGAAAUAAUAUUGAUUGGGAGGACAAUACUAUUGAGAUCCUUCUCCUCCAUCGGGUAAGCGAAGAGGAAGUUGUGAAAGGCCACUAUCGCUCAUUAUUAGAUCGAUACGUCUUUGAUUUUGAUAGUGACAUUUCUGAUGAGGAGUUCAGAAGUUAUGCACGUUCUAAAGAUGAAGUGAAUGGGGUGGCAAAAUUGUUAUCCAAUAGCUUAUCAAUGAUAAGGAAACAAUAAGCAUUAAGCCGUGGUCCUAGUUCUGGUUAUGGGAUGCUGAUAACUCUAUACUCUGUGGGCUUGAGGUCCUCGUUUGGAGAGCCAACUGGGCCAUAUUGUAAACACCAUGAUGAAGAUCAAAAUUGGAUAAGUUUCUAUACAAUUAUCUCUCUGAAUAGGCUUAAUUAUCUUGCUUGGUGGAAAGUUGUUUCUCGUUC